UUCCACCCUCUACCCCGCAAUGGCACGUAUCUAAGAAAAAUGGCACGCGCCUAACAAUUCCGUGCGGCCCGACCAUUCGACUCCAGGACGUCAGUCAAGUUUCCCUACAAGCGUUGCCUCGUUCGAGCCUCCAUAUAGAGAGGCUUUUCGAGAUCAUGAACGCCGUAGCACGAUGACGCGCGAUGGAAGCUAGGUCACUACAUAGACCUCUUUUCUGGACAGCAACAUCAUGACUCCCAUCGCAACCGCAGACAACACUCGACUCGAACAAGGUUCCACCACGGUCGAUCCUGGUAUCGCUCCGAUCGAUCCUCAAGCCACAUCAGCUACCCCUAUUCGCAAAGCAUACGAUCUCUUUUCCCUAGCGAACCAAGGUGUCAUCGUCACGGGGGGUGCUCGAGGCUUAGGACUAUGCAUAGCGACCUCUCUCCUUGAAGCCCACGCCUCUCAUGUCUACUGCUUGGACAUCCUCGACGCCCCGCUCGAAGCCGAAUGGCAGCAGGCCCUGCGGACCGCUAAAGAGAUGGGAGGGAGCAUUUCCUACCGACAACUGGAUAUCACCGACCAGGCCGCUGUUCAAAGGGUCAUUGGGGAGAUCUAUGACGGGUGCCAGGUCGAGAUCACCGGGUUCUUUGGGGCGGCUGGGAUACAACAGAUGAUCCCCGCACUGGAGUACCCGGUGGACCAGUUCCGAAAGAUGAUGGACGUCAACGUGACGGGUACGUUCUUGACCAUCCAAGCGGUGGCCCAACAGAUGAAACGACGUGGGAUCGCUGGGAGCAUCGUCAUGACCGCCAGCAUGUCAGGGUCUAUCGCGAACAAGGGCUUGACAUGUCUGGCUUACAACACGUCCAAAUCGGCCUUGUUACAGAUGUGCCGGAGCGCUGCUGCCGAAUGGGGCCAGUACGGCAUCCGAGUGAACACCUUGUCCCCCGGCUACAUCCGUACGGCCAUGACAGACGGUCUCCUCGCCACCCGUCCCGACCUAGAAGAAGAAUGGUUACGAGGCUCGAUGCUCGACCGUCUUUCUACCCCUGAUGAAUAUAGGGGUCCGGUCAUCUUCUUGUUGAGCAAAGCUAGUAGUUUCACCACGGGCGCAGACUUGAUCGUCGAUGGAGGUCAUACGGCUUUCUAGAUAGGGGUAGACAGCUAGACAGAGGCCUUCACGCUGUUGCCGUGGAAUAGUAGUAGUGAUUGGCGGAUUGCAAUGAUCUCGGUUCGCGCUUCGAUAGAAAUAAAGACUUGAAAUCGAAUAUUUAUUUUCUGA